GAGGCAGAUAAACCCUCCGUGGAAAGUUUGAGGACGCUCUUUGGACCUUCGGAGAGGAGGCUGAGUGCGGCUCUGUACGUACCGAACAUCUGUGGAUGUAACAGAUAAUCUGGAAGUUGCAUUAGUGAAAAGCCACCGACAGCGGCCACCAUGGAUAGCGGAUCCAAUCAAACCAUUCACCCGAGCUGCAGGAGCCAACCUCCUCUCGCUAUCGACAUCAUCAUCAAAUUGGACAUUUUUGGCAUCAUCCUGUACUCUGUGCUGACCUUCAUGGCCACAGUGUCCAUGCUGCUCUACAUAGAGGAGUGUAUCUACAUCUACAAGAAAGUGCCUUCCAAUAAGAAGAGUGUGAUCAUCUGGGUGAAUGGGGCAGCACCGGUCAUUGGCACCAUGUCUUGUUUGGGGAUGUGGAUCCCCAGAGCCACCAUGUUUACUGAUAUGACCUCUGCCUGUUACUUUGCCAUUGUGGUGUUCAAGUUCCUGAUCCUGAUGCUGGAGGAGCUGGGUGGUGACGAGGCGUUCCUGAAGCGAGCAGGGAAACAUAAACUUAGGAUCAGCACAGGGCCGUGCUGCUGCUGCUGCCCCUGUCUGCCACAUGUGGCCAUCACACGGCGCUCUCUCUUCCUGCUCAAGCUUGGCUCGUUCCAGUUUGCUCUCCUGAAGAUUGUCUUCACCAUCCUUUCCAUUGUUCUCUAUACCAACGGAACGUUUGACCUUUCAGAUUUGAGCAUCACAGGAGCCACUAUAUGGAUUAACCCGUUUGUGGGCAUCUUGACAAUCAUAGCCCUGUGGCCCGUAGCCAUCAUGUUCAUGCACCUGAAGGGUGCCCUGCGGACUCUCAAGAUCAUCCCCAAGUACGCCAUGUACCAGUUGGUGCUGGUCCUAAGCCAGCUGCAAACAGCUAUCAUCAACAUCUUGGCUUUAAAUGGAACCAUCGCCUGCGCACCGCCGUUCUCCGCCCCAGCUAGAGGAUAUAUGAUGAGUCAGCAGCUUCUGAUCCUGGAGAUGUUCAUCAUCACGCUGGUAACACGUCUGCUGUACCGCCGACAGUAUGAUCCUUUACCUGAAGAGGACGAAGACAUCAAUGAAAACACCAAGAUGGUUGCAAUCCCUGUGUCUGCAUGAGAACUGUGUGUGUGUGUGUGUGUGAGAGAGAGAAAGAGAGAGAGAGAAUGUGUGUGUGUGUGUGUGUGUGUGUGUGAGAGAGAGAGAGAGAGAGUGUGUGAAAGUUUGUGAGAGUGUGUGUGAGAUAUACAUAGAGAGAGUAUGUGUUUGUGUAUAAUUUUUAUAAUUUUUAUUUCCUGUAUGAAAAGAUUAUAUAAGUCUAUAUGAAUUAAUGUAAUAAAACCCAGAUUCCAAAACACUGUGAAAAAUGUAAUAAAAACUGAAACACAGUGUGUAAAUUUAAAAUUCUUGUGGAGGUUCAUUUAGGGUCACAGAGGUGCAAACUGUCCAAAACUAUUCACUUUUAUAUUUUACAGGUCCAUUUUUUCUUUGUAAUUUCCAAAGAAGUGUGUUGGGAAAUAAACUAGUAGUUAUUACAGGGAAAAUGGAAAAAGCUGUGAAGAAUGUCUUUCAAGGAACUGCUCACAACUGCUAAAAAUUGUUUUGUUCUUAAUUUAUUUGUACAAAUUUCAUUUUCCAUGUAUGUUGAAUUGUAUGUCUGCUGGUAGACAAAUUUGACAUUUUUCAGUCUCCAAUCAGCUGAAGUACCAAAAUUGUAGUUCUAUGAAUUCAAACUAACAUGCAGUUACUUCACAACAAGUAAAAGUCCUGCAAAAUUAAGUAAAACUACAAAAGUAUCAGCACCAAAAUGUACUUAAAGUAUCAGAAGUAAAAGUCCUCGUUAUGGAGAAUGGCCUCAGAUUGUUAUACAAAUUCUAAAUAUAUUAUUUUAUUAUAUGCAUCCAGCAUUUAUGUAAGCAGCGUUUUGGGGGGUCUCAUUUUAACUACUUAACAUACUAUUUUUUUUAAAUGUCCAAUCAAUUUAAAUUGAUCAUGUUUCAUGUUAAAUCUUGACCUGAAAAAAAGUUAAUAGUAACUCGAGCUGGCAGCUAAAUGUAGUGGAGUAAAAAGUACAAUAUUUGCCUAAAAAUGUAGUGAAGUAGAAGUAAGUAAGUAGAAGCAAAAUUGUAAGUAAAGUACUUGAGUAAAAUAGUUAGUUACAUUCCACCACUGAUAACAUGUCAGCUAAAUUCUUGGAAAUUACAACAAAAAAUGGCACCUCUAAUAUAAAGUGGCACCAAUAACUUAUACCCACUGUCUUUUUGACAGCUCCCAGGUGUACUCACAUAUCAAAUGAUUGUCAUAACAGGAAAGUACAGGACAGUAAAACCUUAGUUACAAAGAAACAAUGACGCACGAAUUGAAGUGAAAUGAGUUUGUGAGAGGCGUUGUCUCUCAGUUGUUGUUCUGACCAUUGGAUGUAAUGUUUCAUAUGUUUUUACUAUCUGCCAAUUAAAUCCCGCACAAGGCUGUGAUUCGAUACUAUCUGUUCGUCAAGUGUUUUCUUUAAAGAUUUUCUACAACAACAGUAUUUCAUAAAUGAUGACAAACUGUAAUUUGCGGUCUGGGUUACAACUACUGGACCUUUACUGUCACUAUUAUCAUGUACAAUAAAAGCAUUUUAAACAUC